CAUACCGUCUUAGAAAUACGGUCCGUCACAGCGUGUUCCCCUCCGCUACCAAAUCCUUGCUGAGAAUCUGAAAUAUUUUGAAGUCGCAUUCAAUUAACGUGACUUCUUCUGGAGCACGGGGCUCUGCUCAGCAGCGUUCUCGCCAGCUCCAUGGAUUCCCUUUGUCUUGACAGCAGCGAUCGGGAAGCCUCGUACAGCCGGUGGGGGAUCCCUGGUUGGUGAUGGGGACCGACAGUGGCGGUAUGCACGCCGAUUCCUGUGAAUUUUCCUAAGCUCCUGGGGGACUGCUUUGCGUUUUGAAUCAGAAAGUUACAAAAUACCAUCGAGAAUGGCACUUGUGGAUAAACACAAAGUCAAGCGGCAGCGACUGGACAGAAUUUGUGAAGGUAUUCGCCCUCAAAUCAUGAACGGCCCCAUGCACCCCCGGCCCCUGGUGGCACUGCUGGACGGGAGGGACUGUACGGUGGAGAUGCCCAUUUUGAAGGACUUGGCGACGGUUGCAUUCUGUGACGCACAAUCAACUCAGGAGAUUCACGAGAAGGUAUUAAAUGAAGCUGUUGGGGCAAUGAUGUACCACACCAUCACACUGACUCGAGAAGAUCUAGAGAAGUUCAAGGCCUUACGGGUCAUUGUUCGAAUAGGCAGUGGCUACGACAACAUCGACAUCAAAGCUGCGGGGGAGCUUGGUAGCCGGGGCUGCCCCCCCUGAGCCACGGUUGUGUUUUGUGGUGUUUGCUCUGCAUGCCACGUCCUCAACCUCUACCGGCGAAACACGUGGCUCUACCAGGCGCUGCGAGAAGGCACGCGGGUGCAGAGUGUGGAGCAGAUCCGGGAGGUGGCCUCCGGCGCCGCCCGCAUCAGAGGGGAGACGCUCGGCCUCAUCGGCUUCGGUCGCACUGCACAGGCGGUUGCGGUCCGAGCCAAGGCGUUCGGCUUCAACGUGAUAUUUUAUGACCCGUACCUGCAGGAUGGGAUAGAGAGGUCCCUGGGAGUCCAGCGGGUCUACACGCUCCAGGACCUGCUCUACCAGAGCGACUGUGUCUCGUUGCACUGUAACCUUAACGAACAUAACCACCACCUUAUCAACGACUUCACGAUUAAGCAGAUGAGGCAGGGAGCGUUCCUGGUGAACACGGCGCGCGGGGGGCUGGUGGACGAGAAGGCCUUAACUCAAGCCCUGAAGGAGGGACGGAUACGAGGGGCUGCGCUUGAUGUGCACGAGUCUGAACCAUUUAGUUUUGCUCAAGGCCCAUUGAAAGAUGCUCCUAAUUUAAUCUGUACUCCGCACACCGCUUGGUACAGCGAGCAGGCAUCACUAGAGAUGAGAGAAGCUGCUGCUACUGAAAUACGGCGUGCGAUCACAGGGCGCAUCCCAGAAAGCCUAAGGAACUGCGUGAAUAAGGAAUUCUUUGUCACAACAGCUCCGUGGUCAGUAAUAGAUCAGCAAGCAAUUCAUCCAGAGCUCAAUGGUGCCACGUACAGGUACCCGCCCGGGAUGGUCAGUGUCGCACCAGGAGGAAUACCGGCAGCUAUGGAGGGCAUCCUUCCCGGAGGCAUCCCCGUUACUCACAACCUUCCCACAGUGGCGCAUCCUUCCCAAGCUCCGUCUCCUAACCAGCCCACAAAACAUGGGGACAACAGGGAACAUCCCAACGAGCAAUAGCAGAUAAUUUAAAAAAAUAAAAAAAAAAAAUCAUUCAAUAAACUUGGGACCAAGAGACAUUGGAAAAGAAGUUAUGAACUAAAAAAAAAAAAAAAAAA